AUGUCUUACCAACAGCAGCAGUGCAAGCAGCCCUGCCAGCCUCCUCCUGUGUGCCCACCCUCCCCACAGUGCCCAGAGCCUUGUCCUCCCCCACAGUGCCCAGAGCCUUGUCCUCCCCCACAGUGCCCAGAGCCUUGUCUUCCCCCACAGUGCCCAGAGCCAUGCCUCCCUCAGCAAUGCCAGCAGAAAUGCCCUCCUGUGCAACCUCCUCCACUGUGCCAGCAGAAGUGCCCACCUAAGAGCAAGUGA